CUGAAAGUGGGGAGGUUGAAAAUUAAGGAAAGAAUGAUGUUAAUGUUUGGUUACUGGGGGCCUGGGCAGAUAGGUUCUAGUGAGUCAAGUAUUAACUUGUGGAUUUUUGCUUCAUCAGUACUUUCGAAUGUUACAGAGAAGGCUUGCAUGGCCUCAGGAUACAGAGAAACUUCGUUAUAAGAAUGAAUUGUGUGAUGUUGUUAUUGUAAGCAGUGAUGGACAACAGACUCUUGCACACAGCUGUAUUUUAGCAUGUCAUUCUUCAGUUUUAGCUGCUGUUCUUCAGAGUAGAUUGACUGCAGAGCAUGACUGGUCAGUACUAAGGCCAUUAGUUAUCAACAUUGGUGAAGUUUCAGUAAAGAAUUCAGUCAGUGAAGAGUCUGAAGGAAAUAUAAAUGUCAUAGAAACAUUGAUAAGCCUUAUGUACGGAGAAAUUGUUAACAUUGCUGAUGUGCAUGUUCCUGCGUUAAAUGAGUAUGCACAUGUCCUUGGCUUAUCUGAUCAAAUUUUCACGUGCCUUGAUGGAACUGAAGGGAAAGAUACAAAAGAAAUUAAGAUAGAAGAAAAUAUUUCCGAAGAGUGUGGGCAGACAGUGUUGGAUUCAUGUCACAAAAAUAAUUCUAAUGAGUAUGAGCAUGUGGAAGCGUUAAGUGAAAUUAAUUUGGAUAAUCAAAUAUUUCCAACGUCCAUAUCUAAGUCACCUCAAGGAAAGCAGUCAGUUGAUGAUUCUGUUGCAGAUUCUUUUGCAGUGAAAGAUAAUUCUGAAAAUGUAUUAUCUUUUUCAAUGUUGUGUUCUGAAGGACAAGAGGAUGAUGACAGCUGUAGUAAAGCAUGGCAUGAUGGACAUAUACCUUAUGAUAAACAUGGUGUUCAGAGUGAAAGUUGUAAUAUUGUUGUGUGUAAAAUGGACCAAAAUGACCCAGAGAAAUCAGGGAGAGAGGAGAUUAAGCAUGGGGAAGGAAGUGGUAUUUUGAAUAUUACUGUAAAUGAACAAUCACAUACAAACUCCUUUAGUGGUGAUAGUCAACAAUUACAUCAACAAAAAAGGCAAGCAAAGAAAUCCUUCAAUUGCUUGCUUUGUAAUUCUGCUUUCCAAAAGUGUGGUGAUUUAGUAAAACAUGUCCAGAGUAUGCAGCAUUUCACUGUACAGUGUCCCCUUUGUUUUGUUCAGGUUAAAGAGUUUGAGGGUCAGCGUCUUCACUUUGCUCUCCAUGACCAAGAAUUACCCUUUUUCUGUAUAUACUGCGAGUUGAGGUUUCGCACUCGUGCUGCUCUUACCAUGCAUACGCCAAAGCAUAUGACUAUGAAACCGUUUGUGUGUAAUGAUUGUGGCAGAGGAUUCAAGUGGCGCCAUGCACUGCAUGCCCAUUUGCACACGCACAGUCCAACCAGUCGCUUAUUAUGUGACAUUUGUGGUUUUUCAUCCAAGUAUGUUACCAGUUUCAAGGCUCAUUUGCUGCAGCAUUCUGGCCAGUCUUUUCCAUGCCCUCAUCCUGGUUGUUCCUUCUCUUCAAAUCGCAAGACUCAUCUCAACGACCAUCUUGCAACUCAUUCAAAGACACGAGUUCACCAGUGUGAGGUCUGUGGACACUCAUUUUCUCAUGCUAAAAACAUGCAUCGACACAUGCGUCUUCAUGCUCCAGCAUCAAACCUUCUUACUUGCAUAUCAUUAUCGAAACUUCAGUGCAGUUUUCGAACUACCCGCCCAGAUAAGUUACGUGAUCACUUACUCAGGAAGCAUAAUAUGAAACAUGAUUCUUCUCUAUCAAAACGAAUUCCCAGGGUUUUGAAACAGAGUAAUGCUAUUUUUACUGACCAUCCUAGCAGUUGUAAAAAGCUCCCUAAUAUUGAAUAUCCUGGCAAAAAUAGUAUAGUACAGGUACCUAGUCCAAGAACUUAUCAGUCUUGUGUAACUUCUAAAUCAGAAAAUUUGCCUGCAAUUGGAAAUUGUGACUCGGUUGAGGUGGAAGGCUUCAGUGUGGAAAGAACAAAUGUAUCAAGCCAGGCACAACAUGAUCUUAGUGAUCUGAAAAAGUUUAAUGAGGAUUCAAAAUUAGCAGUGGUAAACAAUAUUAAGAGUGAUAAAAAGAUUAUGUUUCAGUCAUCACAUAAUUUGGUGAAAGACCUGAGUAAUGAUGAAAGUGAAGAGCAUUUUUCUGUUCUUAUUACAUCUUCAGAUAUGGUCGAACUUUCUGAAAUUCAAACAUUGCAAAGUCACCCAGAACAGUCUGAAAAAGAGCAAGAAGUUUCUGUGAUAACUGACAGUUUUCAUUCUGGCUUUUUAUUAGAGCAUGGUAUGUUACUUGACAAAACGGAGUCAUCAGGUGUGUCAGAGACAUGUGUAAGUACUAAGGAUGAAAUUCAUGUCCUUCAAACCAGUGUACUACCUACACCCACUCAAAAGGUAUUGUCAGUCAGUUCUUCAGUAAACAGUGAGCCAUUGAAUGUUAUUGAAAGCCAUAGUGUUAGUUCAUUGCCAUAUUCUAGUCAUUGUCCAUUGAGUGAGUCACAGGGAGACAUUGCUUUGGAAGUAGCCAGCUCAUCUCAAGUAGAAUUGUCAACAGCUUCUACAGUUCAGGCAUCAGGUUCAAGCUCAGUAGGUGAUAGUAACUUCCAAAAUGGCAAUGGUAAAGAAGAGCAAUGUAUGGAAUCUUUGACCAUUUUGGAUUUUAUGCUGGAUAAUGUUACUAGUUAAAUUUUUUGGUAUUCUUUUUGUACAUCAAAAAUGCAUAUAUAACUGCUACAUUU